GGGAGCAUGCAGGGGAACGGGCGGCAAGUGGCGAGGAAGCCCUCCGAGGAGCAGCUCGAUGGGGUUGGGGCGGCGGAUGGUGCCCUGCCGGCCGCGGCGGUGCCCAUGCUGGCGGCCCUGGAGGUGGCCGAGGAGCCGGAGAAAGCUCCCGCCGGCAAGAACAAGGACCCGAACACCUACAAAGUGCUCUCCUUAGUACUCUGUGUCUGCAUGUUAACAACGAUCCUAGGAUGUAUAUUUGGCCUGAAGCCUAGCUGUUCAAAAGAUGUGAAAACCUGCAAAGGUCGUUGCUUUGAAAGGACCUUUGGAAGCUGCCGUUGUGAUAGAGAUUGUGUCAAGCUUGGAAACUGCUGCUUAGAUUACCAGGAAACAUGUAUACAACCAGCCCAUAUAUGGAUCUGCAAUAAAUUCAGGUGUGGAGAGAAGAGGAGACCAGAAUAUCAUUGUUCCUGUUCAGAUGAUUGUAUGGAAAAUAAAGAUUGCUGUGUCAAUUAUUAUGCUGUUUGUAAAGGAGAGGCAAGCUGGGUUGAAGAAGAGUGUGAGGAGAUUACUGAGCCUCAGUGUCCAAAAGGAUUUACCAAGUCUCCAGUGUUACUGUUUUCAUUGGACGGCUUCAGAGCAGAAUAUUUGCAGACUUGGGGUGGACUUCUCCCUGUUAUUAGCAAAUUACAGAGAUGUGGAACAUACACUUCCAAUAUGAGACCAGUGUAUCCUUCAAAAACCUUUCCCAAUCAUUACUCCAUUGUCACAGGGCUGUAUCCUGAAUCUCAUGGUAUAAUUGAUAACAAGAUGUACGACCCCAAAAGAAAUGCAUACUUUACCCUUAAAAGUGAAGAGAAGUUUAAUCCACAGUGGUACCAAGGACAGCCUAUUUGGCUAACAGCUAUGUACCAAGGUCUAAAAGCGGGUACGUUCUUUUGGCCUGGAUCAGAUGUAGCAGUUAAUGGAACUUUUCCAAACCUGUAUGAAAACUACAGUAGCUCAAUCCCAUUUGAAGAAAGGGUGGUAACUGUUCUUCGCUGGCUGCAGUUACCUGAAGGUGAAAGACCACACUUUUACACUCUGUAUUUAGAAGAACCAGAUUCCUCAGGCCAUCAGUUUGGACCAGUAAGCAGCGGAGUCAUUAUGGCAUUACAGAGAGUGGAUAACAUAGUAGGGAUGUUGAUGGAUGGUCUCAAGCAAAUGAACUUGCACAAAUGCCUGAAUGUUAUUUUUAUAUCAGAUCAUGGGAUGGAAGCAGGGAGCUGCAGAAAGACAGUGUAUUUGAACAGUUAUCUGGACGAUGUUCAAGAUUUCAUGGUAGUACCUGGUCCUGCAGCUCGACUAAGACCUAAUAAUGUUCCAGAUGAGUAUUUCUCUUUUAAUUAUGAAGGCAUUGUCAGAAACCUCACAUGCAUCAAACCAAAUCAGCCUUUCAAAGCUUAUAUGAAACAGCUGCUACCCAAGCGUUUCCAUUAUUCCUACAAUGACCGGAUUGAACCAUUGCACUUUUAUUUAGACUCCCAGUGGCAGCUUGCUAGGAAACCACUUGAGAUUAAAAGCUGUACAGGCGGAUUCCAUGGCUCAGACAAUCGCUUCCCCAGUAUGCAGGCUAUCUUUAUUGGGUUUGGACCAGGAUUCAAGUUUCAUACUCAAGUUGAUCCAUUUGAAAACAUUGAAGUAUAUAAUUUAAUGUGUGACUUGCUUGAUUUGAAACCAGCCCCAAACAAUGGAACUCAUGGACGCCUAAACCAUCUUUUAAGGAAACCUGUUUACACUCCCCACCAUCCAAAAGAAACAAGUCAUCCUUCUGAGUGCUCUGUGGUGGGACAAAGAGCCUUUUCAGUGAGCCUUGGCUGCUCCUGCAGGACAGCAGGCUUGCCAAUAAGGGAUUUUCAUCAGCGUUUAAAUCUCACUGAAACAGAAGUUAAGAAGACAGAGAAACUUAAUUUACCUUAUGGACGGCCCAGGGUUCUGCAGAAGAGACAUAAUUACUGCCUCCUUUACCAUUACCAUUAUGUGAAUGGAUACAGCAAGGACUACAGGAUGUCUCUGUGGAGCGCCUACACUGUUAACAAGGAUGAGAAAUGGACUUCUGCUACAGAAGAUAUCUUCAGCUGUUUACACAAGGAUGUUCGUGUUUCUCUUAAUCACAACCAGACAUGUCUGUUUUACAACAGUCAUCCUCGCCUAACUUAUGGGUUCCUUUGUCCUCCAAAUUUUAUGACAGAUGUAAAGAAACCUCACUAUGACGCCUUGCUUACCAGCAACAUUGUGCCAAUGUAUCCUGCCUUUCAAGUGUUAUGGAAGUACUUCCAUCAAUCCCUGCUACCUGAAUAUGCUGCAGCCAGGAAUGGUGUCAAUGUAAUCAGUGGGCCUGUGUUUGAUUAUGACUCUGAUGGACUCUAUGAUACCCCAGAAAAGGUGAAAAGACACCCUCAUAAUUCAGAAGUUCCAGUUCCAACUCACUUCUUUAUUGUGCUGACUAGUUGUAAAAAUACUUCUGAAACUCCUCUGGAGUGUGAAGGGUCUCUAGAUGCCUUGUCUUUUGUUGUACCUCACAGAGAAGACAACAGUGAAAGCUGUGCAGAUGGCAAGUCUGACGCUGUGUGGGUUGAAGAGAGAAUGAAGUUUCAUACAGCUCGUAUCAGAGAUAUUGAAUUACUUACAGGACUCAGCUUCUAUCAAGACAGACAACAGCCAGUAUCUGAGAUUUUACAGUUAAAAACAUACUUACCAACUUUUGAAACGGUCUGAUUUUCUUAAUGAAAUGUUCAUUUCACAACUGAUUUGUAAAUAGACUGUUUUUAAUUAAUGAAAACAUUUUUUUAAAAAAAGCUGGAACACAUUGAGAACUCCUGACCAAAAUGCCAGUAAGGAGGAGAGUGGGUGCCAUAUUUGUAUCUCAGGGACUCCUGAUGGACUAUGUAUGUAACCCAGGAUGGCAGCUCCUAGAAUUCCCACUUGAAUGUGGUAGAGCCAUGUCCUUUAGUCAGUGCUAACAGCAUUGGAUCAUCAUGGUCUGAGACACGAACAAAAUUGUUAUUUAUAUGCACUGGAGAGGGAGAAAUUUUUGAUCCAUAUUCUACUUUAAAAAUAUAGAUAAUUAGCAAAUAAGGUUCUGGGCAAUUAUUACCUUCUUGGUGACUAUAGAAACAUAAACAGCAUCUCUCACUCCAGUCUUCCUUGAAGCAUGAAUCACAUUCUGAGCUUUGGGUCUCAUAAAAUAAUGCAGUGUUAGGGUGCAAGAAGCUAUAUUGAGGUUAGUAAGACUGGUAGCAAACUUCCCAGGUAAAGACACAGUAGGGAUGCUUGGCUAAAGGAAUUCUGUUAGCUGGGAAGCCUUGCUGUGUUGUUGCCCUCUGGUGUCUCCAAGGAGAAUUUGAUGUGCAAUCUGCAUGUUGUAUGUGCAUCCUCAGGAUGAACAAGUAUGAGAUGUAUCAAGUUACCUUCAAAUCAGAAGAGAAUAAUUAAGGAAGAUCUCUGAGCUCCUAGAAACAGUUACCUUUAAAUUAAACUUAGAUUUGAUGAAAAUAUUUUGCUUUCUUGAAGCAAAGAUGUCUUGGUUUUGUGCAUGAUUCUGUUAGCUGUGGUUUUCAAAUCCCAUUUUUGUCAAGAAACAGUAAUUUUGCACUAAGAUUGCCUAAGUUAGAAUGGUAAGAUGAUCUUCUCUAAUGGCAUGUCUCAUAGGUACAGUAAAUGCCCACAGGCCAUUCAGUUGUCCAUUUGUAGCAACCAACCAGAUCUAAGCUGCAUUUGUAGCUGUUCUUAUAUAUAUAAUUGUCUGAAUUUCAGCACACACAAGUUGCUCAUCUUGAAUGCAGACACUGCUAAAUGCAAAUUCUGAAGAAGCUUGGACUGAGCUUUCUUGGAAGCUUUCAGUCUACAAAACCAGCUGCUACAGGCACUCGGGAGUGUAGGAAUUCCCUCUUUUUCUGAUACACAUGCUAUCACAUUUGUAAGUCUUCUACUCUCUCUAAUGCUGAUGUGAAAACUGACUCUAUGUAUGAAGUUUGGCAUAGUAAAUUACACAUUUGUGUUCUUCACGUUUAAAAUGGAGAAAAUGCAUCACGCACAAGUAUGUUAGAAUGAAGAGCCUGGACUGAGCAGAGAGGCAUUUUAUCUUACAGCUUGGUCAGGGGAUGUUGGAGGCUGGAUUCAAAGCCUGCUGAAGUCAGUGGAAGUUUUUCCAUUAAUAUCAAUUUGAGCAAGCUGAGAUCCUGGGACCAUUUUUUCUUCUAACCAAAUCAAUUUUCUUGAUCUUCUGUUACAAGCAUGUUUGGUUUUGGGUGUUUUUUUUUCUAAAGUAGUUUCACUGUGUGAAAUCUAAAUGUGUUGUAGCAACCUCAUGUUAUGGUAUGACUGUGACAGCUUUAUUCAGUGUAACUGCUUUAUAACAUUACUUGUGACCAAUAAAAACAUCGAAGUGGUA